AACUGCUGUGGAUUGCACACAAGCAAACUUUUCAACACAGGUGCAAAUCCUAAAAGAUAAAACCCGCUUAGCAAGCAAGAGAACCAGCUCAGCUCACAGCGUUAUUCAUACCCCGACUGGGCAGAAUCCCCAGGUUGCAGGAAUGUGAGCCUGCCAGCUGCACUGCCUGCUGCUCACAUCCGUGCUCACACUCCCCGAGUGGCAACAGAAAGGAGUAAACAAAGCUGCGAUCUCUGAACAGAGUGUUCUGGCAGCUCCCCAUGGUAGGGAGAACCCACGGGCAGGCACCGCAGUCCUGUUUACCCUGAAGAAGAGACCGUAUGUUGGAAAGUACUGACCACUCUAUGGAUUGCAUGGAGCAGCAAAAAGUCAACAUUGAACUGGAAGAGCAGAGCAACAGCGGGGAAAGCCUGGAAGACAACUACACAGAGCUGAUUGAGUCUGAAAAGGCUGCAAUUAGGAGUCCAUUUGCUAGUGAUGAUGCAGAAAGUCAGAAGUUCCUAACAAAUGGAUAUCUGGAUAAAAAGAAAUUGGAAGACUAUAAUGAAGAAUAUCACCGGGGCAGAGCUUCCUUUGGCAUGUCCUCCUUCAACCUCAGCAAUGCCAUUAUGGGCAGUGGUAUCCUAGGGCUGUCCUAUGCCAUGGCCAACACAGGAAUCAUCCUUUUUGUAGUUCUGCUGCUCAGCGUGGCAAUGCUGUCACUCUACUCAGUCCACCUCUUACUGAAGACAUCAAAAGAAGGAGGUUCAUUAAUAUAUGAAAAACUGGGAGAAAAGGCAUUUGGAUGGCCUGGGAAGUGUAGCGUUUUCAUUUCAGUUACAAUGCAGAAUAUUGGAGCAAUGUCAAGCUACCUCUUUAUCAUUAAAUAUGAACUUCCUGAAGUGAUCAGAGCAUUUAUGAAGCUCGAGGAGAAUUCUGGAGAAUGGUACCUGAAUGGGAACUACCUUGUCAUACUUGUAACAGUUGUGAUUAUUCUUCCCCUUUCUCUUCUAAAAACAUUAGGUUAUCUUGGUUAUACGAGUGGUUUUUCGCUGACGUGUAUGGUUUUCUUUGUCAGUGUGGUAAUCUUCAAGAAAUUUCAAGUACCCUGUCCUCUCCCUAUCAUGGAUCAUGGGGCUGGAAACUGGACGGCCACCAACAUCACACUGCCAAUGCACCUGGUCACAUUAUCAAAUGAAUCUCUCAGUUCUGGUGUGAAUUUCAUGAUGGACAAUACAGUUGGGCACUUGCCAGGCCUUGAAGAGCCAAGAGAUACUUUCCUCAAAAGUGGUGUAGAAUAUGAAGCACACAGCGACAGCAGUGACACAUGUCAGCCGAAAUACUUUGUGUUCAACUCACGGACUGCCUAUGCAAUACCCAUCCUGGCAUUUGCAUUCGUAUGCCACCCUGAGGUGCUACCAAUAUACAGUGAACUGAAAGAUCGUUCCCAAAAGCGAAUGCAGAAUGUCUCAAACGUCUCCAUCACUGGCAUGCUCAUCAUGUAUCUUCUGGCUGGUCUCUUUGGAUAUCUUACCUUCUAUGGGGAAGUUGAAGAUGAGCUACUUCACACAUACACCAGGGUGUAUACUUUUGAUGCCCUCCUUCUGUCCGUGCGCCUCGCAGUGCUGGUGGCUGUCACCCUGACUGUGCCCCUUGUCCUCUUCCCUAUUCGUUCAUCUAUCAGUGCAUUACUGUUUCCCAAAAGGCCGUUCAGCUGGAUACGACACCUUCUGAUUGCAGCAGUAAUUCUUGCUUUUAAUAACAUGCUUGUGAUUUUUGUUCCGGCUAUUAAAGACAUAUUUGGAUUUAUUGGUGCCUCUUCUGCCACCAUGCUGAUCUUCAUCCUCCCCUCUGCAUUCUACCUGCGACUUGUUAAGAAGGAGCCCAUGAGGUCUCCCCAGAAGAUAGGGGCUCUAAUUUUUCUUAUAGUUGGCAUAAUCUUCAUGAUUGUGAGUAUGACUCUCAUUGUAAUGGACUGGAUUUACAAUCCCCCAAGUUCCCGACAUCACUAACCUGUGGAAAGAACCAAGUGCUUUUCAUACCAUAAUGUUUGUAUUGUGUGCUCUAAAGGACACCAACAUGGCACAGCUAUUCCUAGCUAGUAACUGCAAUAUGUUGAAGACAGUUUCUGGGUAGGACAGUUUCUGGGUAGGACACUAGAACCCAAUGGAGUCUAUGUCACAGGAUGGUUAUUUAUGCAUCAGGAACCCGAGCUUAGCAUUUCUAGCCAGGUUGAAUAAAAUGUGUGAUGUGGGUGCUUUCUAUUUUCAAAACAAAUAUAAGAAUAACUGUGUACGUAGUCCUUAACAGUCGUUUGGUCCCAUCCUUUUUCACCUCUCCCAUUAUAUUCAUAACACGGUUCCUAGAGCACUGGAAAGGUAAUGGCCAGAAAACCAGCUAGUGCCUUGUUUUGCACAUGAAGCACAUAGGAGCAGGUGCCCAGCUCCUAGAGAAAAGGUAUGAUUUCUGUAGGGGAUCAGAAAAGUGACUUCUCCCCAUGUACUGAUCUAUCAGAAAGGUGACAGAUUUGGCAAGCCAGUGGACAAAGCCGAGCAUCAGAUACACUGCCCAUAUUUGUCACCCUUGACACAUGAUGGCUGUUGUAUGGAAUAAAGCUCUCUCGUGCAGGAGCCCCUGUGCUGUGACUGAAGAACAUCUGACCAUUCAUUUGUUGUUGUUAAAGGUGUCUCUGCUGGAAACGUUAGGCAAUUCUAGAGUGGGAUUUUUGGUUUUCUUAGCAUUUUUAAUUCUUGUCUGAGCUUGCAUCACUGAACAAGUUCCAUCCUCCAUAGAAGCUUGUCUUCCAUUCUCACGGGAAUUUAAGGAGACCACACGGUGUGGCUGAGCACCCUAUGCAGUAUUGUUCAGCACUUGUCUGUUUGAUAAAUGUUCAGUGCAGGAAACUGUAAUUUGCUAUAUAUAUAAAUAUCUGUAUUUAUGUACAUAAUCCUUUGUUUUCUUCUAGUUAUAAAAAUAUUACCCUCUGGUACAUGAUUUCUGAUUUAUUUUUUUUUAUUUUAUAUGUCACUCUGUUUUCACAGCCACACAUUUAGUAUUGUUUUGAAGAAAAUAUUUUGGAUUACUGGAUUUGUUAAAGGCUCAUUUUAUUCAGUAGCAUUUGAAAUACACUUGCCACAAACCCUGGCCGUUACCUGUGUAAAAACAAAUUCAGACAUUCACUAUUUAUGUUACAAUAAAUGACAAGUUGUUUUCCUCUUGAGAA